AUGUGGACCAGACCCUCCAGAGUCGCACCACCACCUGCUGGAAAGCCCAACCAAUUCCAAUGCAUUCACGACCUGUCGGACGUGACGGUCAGAAAGCUGACCCGAUACCUCUAUCUUUCACAACGACACAGCACUGCCCAUCCUCCCGACUAUUGGCUACAAGGCCAAGAGCAAGGUCUGCACGAUCUUCCUAGCGACUGUCUCCGUCCAAGAGUCGACAACCUCAAUGUGGUAAACUUGGUCAAGCGUGGUCUAAUGAGCAUCAGCGAGAAACAUCAACUGCCCUUUACGCCAAAAGCAGCUGUGCUCUGUUCAUCCCAUCGCGGCCUCAACUCGUGGACGAUCCACGCACUCUUUGCGCUAGUCACGAAAGAGAUCACGAAAGAGACGGAGCGACUGCGUCGAGACAGAGGCGGCAGGAAUCUGGAAUAUUCGGUUCCGAUCCAGGAGUUUCUCCACCGUCUGGACGCGAUACAAGCCUUGUGGAUGGACCCACCGACGUUCGAGAUGGUCUUUGGUCGCCUGCCUGGUGGGCUUGAAAAGGUCGCUUCUCAGUGCGAGGCUUGCAUUCUAGCUGCCAUUGGGUCCCGCAAGUCCUUCCUCAGUGACCUCCGCGCCAAUCUGAUUGCUCGGACAGAAACGGAGAGACCGGUUCUCCAAAGGGUCGUGGAGUCCUGGCUUGCUUAUUUCCCGACGGAAACACAACAGUCAAUCAACCAAGGCAGCUCGUUCUUGGCUGAAGAGAUCCGGACCGUACGCAGAGAGAUUGUAGCGGCUCGGCAGAAAAGGCGAGAUGCCAAGCGGCAGCGGAGGGAACGCCGUACUCCGAACCUGUCGAGCAGGAGCAGCCAGGCGCCGGUAUCUGUCCAGGCCUCUCAGCUUUCUGCCACCGGGAGACCAUCCGAAUCGAGCCAGCAGAGCCUCGUUUCCAACGGGGAGGAUCUGGCUGCCGAUCUUGAUGACGGCAAUCAGCCGUGGGAGGAUGCUGUUGGAGGCUUUUACGAACGCUUGGCUGUUCAAAAUGGCAACGGGCAUGCGUUCGACCGCAACUCGGUGCAUCCUGCCUUUAGCGAGGUGAACACUCAAGCCGAUCCUUUUCGAUCUCGGGCGUUCGAAACUGGACUCGAGGUCGAACGCAGCGAACAAGACGCCAUCUGGGAGGAUGCGGUUUCGAACAGCGAUUCUCUCACGUCAAGACGGCAACCCAUGAUGCCGUCGUCUUCGACCAGACAGGAACAACAGCCGAGCAACGCCACUCUCCCUCCGUCGAUGCUUCAAGACGAGCACCGAGUCAGCAAUCGUUUCCGUAACGUAGCCACGAGCAGUGUCUUUCUGAACGAUGAGCCGGCUCAGGAUGUGCCUUCGCGCUCCGAGGCAUCCCCUACCGCCCAACUGUACACCCGGCAUCGCAACGUAGCACCGAGCAGCAUCUACACGAACACUGAGCCAGCCCGGCCCCAUCCUCCACGGACCGACGUGGCUGCCUCCGCCGCCCGGUCUCAAUUAGGGCUAUCGGGCUCGGUCAGCAACAGUGACCCCGCGCGCCGCUCCCGCACAGACGCGGCAGUAAGUAACCCCUCCUCCAGGCCUCAGGAUAACAGACCCGUGAUACAGGAUUAUCCGACAACAGACCCCCCUCGCUGGCCUGGCCCGAGCCCGCACAACGAUCCGAACCGGCGCGCAUUCGACGAUGAGAGACUGAUGCGGAUGGGACAACAAGGUGAGAUCGUGGAACGGAUGGGAUUUAUGGAGUACUACGAGAACAAGCGGAAGCCCAAGCCCAUACCCCCUUCGGGACGCCGGAUGCACUACGGGGCGCAGCCGACUUCCGCGUCGCCGCAGCCUCGGCCUUUCAUCUCUCGUACGCCGUCUGCUCCACCCCCCGUCCCUGGAUCGGUUAGGAACCCUACUCUCGACGAGGUGCGCCACGUGGCGGCGGCACGGGGUUCCGUUGCGCUCAGCGACGUCUCGACCCUUUGGCCUCACGACUCCAUCACUAGCGUCGGUAUGCCCAAAUAG